ACGAAUUAUCUCUUCAAAGACACCUUUGAUCAAUCCAUCAUUCCUCAUUUUCUUGAUAUUCUUCAUUUUAGAUUAUGGCUAAGCGACGAACUAGGUGGAAGGACAUUAUUGUUGACUGGAGUUAGUUUCGCUUCCUGGGUGCUAGGCAGCGACGUAGUGGUAGCCCAAACUGGCCAGACUUUGGCAGUCUGGUACAACGUCGAUGCACCUGAAGUAGCCACUCUAAUCCCUGUUCGUGGUGAUGCUGUGGACAUUGUUAGAGAGGAUGGGAGAACUUCCGUCACGGUGGAGGAACUUGGAGGCAAAGUGGCCUACCUGCUUGAUGAACCGUUAAUAGAAUUUGGCACAGCACUGCACGACAAUGAUUUUGGCAGAGCUUUGCUAUUCCUAGAAGAUCUGGCAGACAGACCUCAGGCAGAGGCUAUGUGGGAAAAUGUAGCCAGGAACGCAAUGGCUUCUAGACAAUUAUUGGUGGCUGCCAGGUGCUACGCUGCCCUUGGAGAUGUAGCUUGCUCCAGGUUCUUGAAAAAUAUAAUAGAAAUCGGCGAGAAGUAUCGUACAGAGUCCGGACACGAUCCACUUUCUAGUCCUGACUGUUGGGCAAAGCUUGCAAUUCUAAAUGGCGAAUUAAAGACUGCAGAAGCCAUUUACUUGGAGCAAAAUGAAUUGGACCAGGCUCUGGACAUGUACCAGAGAUACUGGCACUGGGAGGAUGCGUUGAUUUUAGCACAAAAUAGGGGUUGGCCUGGUCUCCAGGAGCUUAGAGACAGACAUUUAACCUGGCUACUUGAAAGUGGUCAAGCGGCUAGAGCUGCUGCCAUUUUGGAAUCCACUAAUCCUCGACGUGCUGUGAAGCUGUACCUAGAUGCUCGUCGACCUGGUCGAGCAGCCAGACUUGUUCUGGCUAAUGAAGAACUGUUGGAAGACAGAUCAAUUGUCAAUGAAAUCGUGAGAGUGUUAAAAGCGACAGAUCUAAUGGAAUUGGCCGGAGAGCUAUUGGAGAGGACUUCAGAGCCUCUGGAAGCUAUCAAGUGCUACUCUCAAGCUGGAGUAUUCGCGAGAGCACUGGAAUUGGCUAGAAAAGUGGAUCCAACUUCGGUAGUUGAUCUUGAACGAGAGUGGGGCAAGCACUUGGUUUCAGCUGGCCAUUAUGAUGCAGCUAUUAAUCAUUUCAUAGAGGCAGGAGAAACUGCUCUUGCACUGGAUGCAGCUAUCAAUGCACGACAAUGGAGAAAAGGCCUACAAAUCAUGCAGGUGAUCGAAGACGAUGAUCCCACGAUAAGGAAACAAUGCGAGAAACUGGCCGAGUAUUUCGCCUCUAUAGGCGAGAAGAAUCUGGCAGAGAGGCUAUUCAUUCGUUCCGGGGACGCCAAACGUGCGAUUGACGUUCACAUACAAAAUGGAAACUGGAGCCGUGCUCACGAAGUAGCCCAAGAGUACAUGACUUCUGAGGAAGCGAACGAAGUUUUGGCGAAACAUGCAACGAUCCUCUGCGAGGCGGGAGAUCUGAAACACGCAGAGGAACUGUAUCUUGCUAUUGGCAAAUACGAUUCAGCCAUAGCAAUGUACAAAAAGGCUGGUCGUCGUGCAGACAUGAUUAGAUUAGUGGCAAAAUACAGACCAGGCCUUUUGGAGACCACUCACGCGCACUUGGCCGCCGAAUUAAACGAGGCUGGCAAACCUCGUGAAGCUGAGGAGCAUUAUGUUUCAGCUGGAGACUGGAGAGGAGCGGUGGCUACUUACAGGGCAGCCAAUAUGUGGGAGGAUGCUCUUCGUGUGGCGAAGCAACACGCUGGAGAUAACGCGGCCCAACAGGUGGCUUUAAUAUGGGCACGUACACUGGCACCGGAAUUAGCAGCAAGACUGUUGAUGCGACUGAAUUAUUUGGAUGGUUGUCUGCAAUUAGCUUGCGAGGCUGAUCUGUUCGACUGGGCUCUAGAGAUUGUCAAAUAUGGGAGUGCCGACCAGAAGAAGGAAGUUCACUAUAGACAUGCCAUGGCACUGGAAGAUGCAGGCCAUUUCUCUGAGGCAGAGAAAGAAUUUAUCAAAGCUGGAAGAACAAUGGAGGCUGUUCAGAUGUACAUUCACACCCGGGACUGGGAGGCUGCUGAAGAUGUAGCCCAAUCAAUUAACCAAGAUGCAGUUGCUCAAGUUCUCAUUGCCAGGGCUGGUGAAGCAGCUGAAGCACAGGACUAUUCUUUGGCUGAGACUCUGCUACUGAGAGCCCACAAGCCAGAAAUGAUUAUCGAGCACUACAAGAAAGCUGGAAUGUGGUCUGAAGCAUUACGCGUUUGCAGAGAGUAUUUGCCUAGUCAAGAAGCGAAUCUCAGGCGUGAACUGGGUCAAAAGAGCACCUCCUUUGCCGGUACAAACGCAUUUGAAGAAGCCAGAAAGUGGUUGGAGGUUGGUGAAGUGCGAGCUGCUCUGGAUAUCUUAAUUCUGGACCCUCAAGCGCCCAGGUCGUCUCUUAUCAAGGCUGCCGACAUUUUGCUUCAUCAGGCUGAUCCAGAAAUUGCUGCCCAAGUCGGUGGAGACCUUGGUUCACGGUUAUUUGCCAUUGAAGAAUACGCUGUGGCUGCUCAGGUAUUUUUACAGGCAGACAGAUUGAAAGAUGCUAUCGAUGCAUUGGCUGCAAUUGGAGAAUGGGAAAAAGCCAAAAGAAUUGUGAAUGAACUAGCACCGGAUAUAGAGCCUUACCUGGAAGAGAAAUAUAAGGAAGCAAUACUGAAGGAUGGACAAAUAGAUAGACUUGUGGAAAUAGACGCAGACGCUGGCCUUGAGAUACUGGCCAAUAAAGGUCAAUGGAACCAAGUGUUUGAAACCGCUAGCGCUCAAGGAACCCAGGUUUUACACAAAUAUGUGACACAAAGGGCGGUGCAACUUCUGAAAGGGAAUGCUCCGCUGGAAGCUUUGCAGUUGUAUGUCAGAUACGGAGCUCCUCCCAUCCAGCAAAACUUCAACCUUUACUUACAGUUGUCAGAAAGCAUUCUGAACUCGGAGGCUUAUUACGAAUACAGAUACUUAGCUCAUUUGAGAACUGUACUCCUGGAUCUCUGGAAAGGUUUAAAAUCAUCAGAAUCCGAUGCAGUAUCGAAAUUCGAGAGGUUACUCGAAGCUACACAUUAUUCAACAGUGAAGUGUGGUUGUCGUGAUUAUUCUGUACUUUCUGGAUUAGUCUUGAAAGCCUCCAUUACUUUAUUGAGGUACACAGACAUCCUUCAUGCUGAUCGAGCUUACUAUGAAGCUGGAAUUGAAGCACGCGCAGCUGGAAGGAACAGCGAGGCUUUUGUUUUUCUGAAUCACUUUCUUGAUUUGGAGGAAUGCAUUGAAGAAGGUGAUAAUACUGUGAUGGAUGUUGAAGAUUUGGCUGUAACAGACUUUCCUGUGGAAGUUCCUUUGCCAGAGACGUUGAGUUUAACAGCAGAACAGAGAGAGGAGGCUCGUGAAUGGGUUCUUGCUAUGUCUAUGGAUCAGAAAGUGGAGCAAGUUCUCCCUACGGAUCACAGAUCAGUUUAUGUAGGAUCAUUGACUGCCCCCUCUGUUAGUUCUGGGUAUCUUCAAGGUUGCAUUUUGACUGGGUAUCCUAUUCGAGGUCCAAUAAUUAGAUUUGCAGAGGGUCAGCAUGUGGCAGACCGUGAUGACUGGACAAAGUUAAUCAACACUGCUCGCCAGGCUCCUCAGGAUUCAAAUCUUAAUGACAUUCUAGCUUUCAUCCAAGAGUGGUUUGGAGCGGCUCCGAAUUACUCCUUUUAAAAACACACAACGUUACUGAUCGCUAAUUACAGUUUAUUGUAACAUUAACUGAAAAUCCAACCUAGAAAGGCAUAAAUACAAUAAUAUAAGUAUAAAUAAAAUUAAAUUAUUAUCAGUAAAAUUAACAUAAAUAAAAUAUAACAUGUCUGACAAGCAGCAGUGGUCUUUUUAAUAAUAACAAGGUAACGCAGAAAGAAAACGAUUUCGUUUCUCUAGAAUUUAUUUAAAUAAGGCUGCAUUAUGUAAAUAAUUAGUCUAACUUAAGCAUAAAUAGUUUCUAUGCAAUGUGAAUAUACAUGCAACAUGUGUCCACGAGAUUUCUCAUAUCUUAUCAUUAAAGUGUUUCUAUGUCUAUAACGAUUGAUCCUAGCGAGUUAUCAGGAUAGUUAUUACUCGUUGUUUGAACACCUAUCCGCGAUGGAUAUUUAUACUAUUCGGUGAUGACUAUGCGCAUAUUGCAUUUUUAUACACAGACUAUGUAUUUCGAAAAUAGUAGUACAAGCUAGAAAUGAGAAACUUUGCAGUAAAUAAAUUACACAAGAUUCUUUUUUAAAUUUCCCUUUGCAUUAUGUUCUUUUUAUCUCAUUUUGAUCUUUUUUAAAUAUAUUAUUAUUAUUAUUAUGUUGAGUAUAAGUAAAAAACACGACAGAUAAAAACGAGAAGAAAAGAUUAAUGAAAACUUCAAGCGUGUAGAAAUAUUGAAAAAUUAGUGCUUCAAACUUUAAUACCAUAGUGCUCGUUUUUUCCUAAUAAAACAUCAAGAGUAUACUAUCGUGAUACUUACAAAAAAUAAAGAAAUACCAUUGAACGAGAACGCAUUUGGUUUAUUUUUAAUUAAAUAUCUGCCAUUUCUUGCUUAUACCAUCAUUUCCUAAGUAUGUUAUAUAAAUAUACAGGAAGUGCCUUAAAAAAUGUACUGUAAACAAGAUUUCCAAGUAAAAAGCAAAAUGUUAAGGAUUCUACUUGUCUAUUCAUUUACGGAGUUUUAAAAUUAUUUAAGAGUUACAAAGUUACUAAUCAAUUCUA